AUGCUCGUUUGUCGUGUCAAAACAUGCACCGAUACAGCGGGACGUGAGGCAGGAGCUCGUCCACUUAAUUUUCCACUUCGAAUUGCACCGGAAAUGGAUGGCGUUGUGGUACUAGAGACGCAAUUUAGCAAAAGUUUUAUGUUGCACAUCAUGAACACCAUUGACUACCAGGCGUUGUGUGAAACUACCAAGGAGUUAAACCAUCCCGAAGUACCAAUUCUACCACAACAAAUACCGAGCGAUAUAUCACAGCAGGAAGAGCUGCUGAAAUUAAUUCAUCGUGUAAUUUUCGACACCAAUAUUGUGGAGGGAGAACUGAUUUGUAACAAUUGCGGACAACUAGAUGAGCCUUUAUCCUUUCUUCGGGAUUUGCCAUGUUGCUUUGUUCUGGAGGCGAUCAGGCAAUACUAG